AUGUUAAUGUUUCUUACUUUUUUAAUCAGGUUUUUUAUUACUUUAGUAUAUUUAGAUUUAGGUCUUAUUAGUAGUUAUUUAGGAAAAGAGUAUUCUUGGUUAUUUGAUGGGUAUAGUUUUAGGACUAGGGUUUUUUUGGUAUUUUUAAUAAAAGUCUUAUGAAUCUUUGUUAUCUUUCAAUUAGUAAAGUAUUUAAGUUACAGAAUAAGUUGUCGACAUUUAUAUACCAUAAAAAGUUCUCAUAGGCACGUCCCUCAUUCUUCUAUUAAAAUUUUUAUGUAUUUAAAAGUUUUAAAAGUAGAUCUUUCAGAAGAUUAUAAAAGUCAUCUUGUUAGUUUUUGUUUUAUUGUGAAAAAGGGUGAUGAUUUAAAAAUAUCUAAAGUUUUCUCUAUUUGGUUUAAAUUUUAG